GUGCGCACCGGGUCACCACCUCGGGCGCCCCUGUGGUGGCCCGCGGCCAGGGCGAGCGGGUGGCCGAGGGUCCGGGGGCGCCGUGGGGGUUCGAGCCCGGAGCCCCGGCACCCGCCGGACGGCGCAGCUCGGGGCGCGGUGGGAGGCGGCGAGGCGGGGACCGGGCGGGGACCAGGCGGGGGCGGAGCGGAGCUUCCCGCCUCCUCGUCGCCUCCGUCCUCCCACUCAGAGCCGCCGCCUCGGCCCGGCUGAGCAGCGGGAGUCCGCGGCGCCCGCUAGCCGCCGCGGGAUGGGGAGCUAGCGCCACGGCGGCCGCGGUGGCCGCAGCGCAGCCAGCCGCCGCCCCCGGGCCUGUCCCGCCGGGUGCUCCGGGAACCCCAAGCCCGGCCCCGAGCCAGGCCCGCGGGCGGCGGCGGCGGAGGAGCUGGGCAGGUGUGUGCGGCUGGAAGAUGGCGCCCUCGGGCCCGGGCAGCGUGAGACGGCGGUGCCGGCGGGUGCUCUACUGGAUCCCGGUAGUGUUCAUCAGCCUGCUGCUGGGCUGGUCCUACUACGCCUACGCUAUCCAGCUGUGCAUAGUGUCCAUGGAAAACAUUGGUGAACAAGUUGUGUGCCUCCUGGCUUAUCAUCUACUUUUUGCAAUGUUUGUCUGGUCAUACUGGAAAACCAUUUUCACGUUGCCCAUGAAUCCUUCAAAAGAAUUCCAUCUCUCUUAUGCAGAGAAAGAAUUGCUGGAGAGAGAGCCAAGAGGAGAAGCGCACCAGGAAGUUCUGAGGCGAGCGGCCAAAGACCUUCCCAUCUAUACCAGGACCAUGUCCGGAGCAAUCCGAUAUUGUGACAGAUGCCAACUUAUAAAACCAGACCGCUGCCAUCACUGUUCCGUCUGUGAUAAAUGUAUUUUGAAGAUGGAUCAUCAUUGCCCAUGGGUGAACAAUUGUGUCGGAUUUUCAAAUUAUAAAUUCUUCCUCCUUUUCUUGGCUUACUCUUUGCUGUACUGCCUUUUCAUUGCUGCUACAGACUUACAGUAUUUUAUCAGAUUUUGGACAAAUGGUCUGCCUGAUACUCAAGCCAAGUUCCAUAUUAUGUUUUUAUUCUUUGCUGCAGCUAUGUUUUCUGUCAGCUUGUCCUCUCUGUUUGGUUAUCAUUGUUGGCUAGUCAGCAAAAACAAAUCAACAUUAGAGGCAUUCAGAAAUCCAGUGUUCAGACAUGGAACAGAUAAAAAUGGAUUCAGCUUGGGUUUCAGUAAAAACAUGCGACAAGUUUUUGGUGAUGAGAAGAAGUACUGGCUGCUACCAAUAUUUUCAAGUCAAGGUGACGGCUGUUCCUUUCCAACUUGCCUUGUUAACCAGGAUCCUGAACAACCAUCCACUCCCGCAGGACUAAAUUCAGCAGCUAAAAAUCCUGACAAUCAUCAGUUUCCUGCUAAACCACUGAGAGAAUCCCAGAGCCAUCUCCUUACGGAUUCCCAGACCUGGACAGAGAGCAGCUCAAACCCCGGAAAAGGAAAAGCCGGUAUGAGCAACCCUGCAUUAACUAUGGAGAACGAGACUUAACUCUACAAUCAAAAUAAAAUCAUUUUUAAAAGAACAUACAGAAGUACUGUGAUGUCAUCCAUGUGAAAUAAAGAGUUAAAGUGCCCUCAACUCUUUAGCCAUUCCUAAUUUCUAACUGGCCUCAGAGGGGAGAACAAAGAAUUUACCUCCUGGAACUAGAUUGUCAUGCGGAACCUUGUUCGUUGCCCUCUACAUACUGAAUCAGAAUCUACAUUGACUGUGCCAUCAGUAAGAGCCUCUCCUGUGUGUGUCCAUUAGAUCUGGGGCUCUCUCGUCAAGAACACAUCUGCCAAGCCUCGCGGCACAGGACACGGUUUUGAAUAGGGGUUAUAUGAUAAUGCAUCAAACACUGAGUAAGUUGCUUAGUUUUUAAGUUUAACAUAGUUUUCAUGGUUUUUGUUUGCUUUUAAGGUUCCAGUGCUGUGGAAGAACGGAACAGGCUUCCCACAGGAAGGCACCAUUGGGCAAUUGUCCCUAUAUCUCUUUGGCUAAAUAUGCAAAUUUUUCUUCAGUGAUGGGGACCAAACCCAGCAGUAAGAAGAAUUCUGAGGAAUCACCAAACUUACGCUUAAAGCAGAACGCAGUUUAGUUCAGUAUAUAAACUGCUAUAACUAGUGCAAAUUACUAUUAAACUUUAAAAGUAAUUAAAAAGAAAUUAUUUUCAGCCAAAACCUAAGAAUAAGUUCAUGGGCCAGUUUACACUCAGAUAUUUGGGUUGUAUAAGUUAUCACACAAUCCCAUUAGUCAUUUGAUAUUCUGUUUCAGAAAAUUUAGGUAAAUCUUAAUAUUUCAAAAUUUCCAAGUCAUGUUAUCAUGCUAAGCUGUCUCUGGGAGCAGGUUAAAAAAAAAAAAAAAAGCAUCCAUCUUUGAUUUUUCCCUGUAGUGUAAAACUGGCUUCAGAUGAGAAAGCUAUACUAACUACGAAUUCAUUAUGAAGGCCAUGUAGUCUACAGCUGAAGGUCAUCAUCCAUUUGUGGAAGGUUCUAAUUCUAGACUUUUUCUCCCAUUGCAAAAUAAGUAUGAAUCCUGAAGCUUGAGUUCACUGUUGAAAAAAAUUGGAUAAAAACUUUUGUGAGCAUUAAUGCGUUGUUUUGACAAAGAACUUAUAUCAGAAAUUUCUUGUCUUCUAAUUUGAAAUCAGAGAGGGGUUAUGCUAACUAUUAUUAAGAUUACUUGAUUUUUUAAAACUACUUACUCUAUUUUAUGGUGAAGUUACUGAGUUUCUAAGCAUUUCUGACGGAUUAAUGGAUUAUCCUCUACACCUGUGUCAUCUGCGUCUUUUCAUCAAGACUAUAAUUGUUGCUAUGUAUUUUUCCUCAAAUGCCUAUCAACAUUCAAUUAUGCAAAUUGUUUAAAAUCAUAUACUUUUGGAAGUUUACCGCGAACUAAACAGUAUGCUCUUUGAAAGUGUAGUUUAAGGUAAACUGAAAUAAUGUGGUUUUUGGUGCCAAAAGGUUUGGCCUCAGUGAGUAUACUCAGAAGCUCCUGUGCCUUGUCUGCACUAUUUACAAAAGGAAAAAAUGUCUCAUUAAAAACAAAAAUCUGGGAAAUAAGUUUUAUAAAUUAACCAUUAGAAUAAUAGUAAGCUGUGUGGUUCCUUUGGUACUAAUUUUGAGAAUUUUGAAAGUAUAUUAGCUUUUUUUUUUUUUUUUUUUUGAACAGCUAAAUAACUGACAUAAGCAAGAAUUAACUGCAAACUAAAAGACUGGGAGAUAAUAGAUCAAUGCAAGCUCCUUGCCAUUGCUCACCCUUGCUAAAGCGUUUAGAGUUUCCUAUUCAGCGUGUUUUGGGACGAACCGACAUCAGCCCAGUGCACUGUGUGUGGUCCACUUGGGUGCAGUUCUGUGAAGGAGGAUGAUGGGUGGGUUCACAUAUCCCAAGCUAGAGAGUUUGCUCUGACAAUCUACUUCACAAGACUCAGAGGACGGGGUGUGCUUCCCCUUUGUCUUCAUGCAUGUUUUGGUCAUUUGUCAUUACCGGAAGUGCCAGCCUGGAGUCCGUCGCUCCUGCAGAAGUCGUUUGGGCAGCAGCAUGCAGUGUGUUAGAGGACCUAUGCAGCAGGUUUUUCUGAUAGCACAGUGCUCCCUUAUCCGUUUUCCAGGACCGCAGUUUCUUAGGCAUGUCCUUUUAUCAAACUGGAAGCUGGUGGGGACGGGGGGGGGGGGGGUUUACAUUUUGCCCUGCUAGAAUACUGUUAUUUCUGCCCUCUUUAGGUCAUUUAUGUACUUAUUUUAAAUACCUAAGUCCAUACACCUUAGAGUCAAAUUGGAAAAACAAUUUAAAAAAUAAAUUUUUUUUUCAAGA